UUAUUGAGCAGAGAUAAAAAAAAAUUCGGGUUUUUAGAAUAUUCAUAACUAACGAAGUUGUCCGGACGUGCUAUUUAAAUUUUGUUAUUUUUUAAUUGUUUAUUCUUUCAAAUAGUUCCUGCUAGUAGUCGACCCAUAUUCAUCAAUAUUCACCAUUUUACUGUACAUUUGAAGUUUAUCGUAUUUUACGAAAAUAUGCAUUGAGUUAAAAAGUUAACACGUGUGAUGUACACUGAAAAGAAAAUUCUUUAAGCUUACAGUAAUGAGCAUCAUAAAUUCGAUUCGUAGAUUUAUAUUUAAUUUACCUGGCAAACGAUUUGGAUAUUACAGAGUUAUUCCGAUAUUUGUUGUCGCUGGUGCUGGUUUAGAAUAUUUAAUGAUAACUUGGCGUCCAUUUGGUGUAAAUUUUUAUGAAGUAUAUAAACGCAAACAAGCCAAAGAAAUAGCUGAAAGCAGAUUAAACGAAGAACGCUAAUGUCUGGAAAUAUAUCAAUUGUAACUUAUGUGAAAUUUUCACUAAUGGCCAUAACCUCUAUGAUGUUUGGAUCACAACUUGUUCACAACCAAUACAAGCCAUUAGAUGAUUUAGAAGAUUAUGUUGAAAAAGAAAUGGAAAAGUUAAAAGCUGCCAAAGAAUUGAAAACAUGAUGUAUUAGCAAGAUUACUUAGUAAUAUUUACUUAGUUAUUUUAAGAUCAUUAUUUACUAAUGAGUAAUAUUGAAAAAUAAAAAUAGUUCAAUCA